GCGCAGCUUGCAUCAUCCCGGAUAAACGAAUUUCGCUGGAACGCUUUGAUUGUAAACAGGAGCGGCUAAUCGCAAGUGUUUGUUUUUUCAAUCAGUCGAUAUAAUCAGUUGUAACAGUAUUUAUUUGUUCAUUUCUUGCUGUGUAUUGAAACCGCGCGAUGGGGGAUAAUUUCGAUGACAUGUCCAACGAUCAGCUACGGCUGAAACUGCUUGAGUUUGGGCUGGCUAAUAUGCCGGUGACUUCUACGACGCGAAAGGUGCUGAUCAAAAAGCUGCGAAACCACAUCUCUACCAAUGGUAAACGUCGGGAAACGAUAAAUCUGGCUAAGUAUUCUUCCGAUGAGGAUAGUGAACCUGCCAGCAGUCACAACGCAGCGCCGAAGAAGGGGUCGACAUUGACUAAAAAGGAACUAAGCAGCAGACGAGCAACGAUUGGUACGGUAGCGACAACCAAGCAAUCGAAACCUGUUUCAUCAUCGCAACAGCUACCGAAACUCUCCCAAGCGUUGCCACCAGAAAAAGCAAUAGCGUCAAAACGUCGGUCAGGAAGAGUUACUCCGGUACAAGAGAAAAAUGUCGUUGCACCAGCACCAUCACAAACUGCGCCAAAGGUAUCGUCUAUUAUGGAGGAUUCCGAUGAUGAUAUGAUUCCGCUAACCCAACUUACUCAGCGAGAUCGCAAAUCAGCAAGCCCGUCAUUAUCGCGGGCAGAAAUGCUGACUACAUCCUACAUUCAUCAGAUGGCAGUAUCGUCGAAACCAUCGGAACCGAUCUUGGAAGAGAUGGAGGUCGAUGUACCGGAUAUGGGGGAGAACUCGGAAGAGGACGAUGUCAUCGUGUUGGAUGAUGUUAGCGAGAUGGUAUCGAUGCCGCCUCCACAGCAACCGAAGCCACCGAGCGUGCAACCAUCGUACAGUCAGGCGACAACUCAGAAUGAGAUAUACCGCAAAUUUACCACCGGUGCAGUGACUGAUCAAAAGCAUAAAGAACAAAUAACCUUGGAGGAACCAACACCGCUGUCAUAUGGUGGUAAUACCGAACGAGCUUUGCCGAAGCCAGCGUUUUUUGCAUCUCCUUCCAUUCGGAGCAGCAUGUCCGGUACGGUGCGCGACGAGACGGCGAAAAAAGUUGAUACUUCAGAAUCUCCGUACUUGAGCGAAUUUACUAAGCGUCUUGCCCGUCUACGUGCUGAAGCUGCUGAACCAUCAAUCGGGUUCGCCCGAGACUCAUCCACCCGGAGAACAAUGUUCGAAGGAUCUGCCCCUUCUAUGCGGUCCACUUACGUGCCACGCGACACUUAUGAAGCUGCAUCAUCACGUUACAGAGGAGGACGACAAACCAUCGCUCCCAUGGCCACGGUAGGACGCCGGAACAUUCAGUCGGAGACCGAUAUUCGAAGUUCCGUUCGACAGAGUCUGUUGGCGCUAGAUCGGAAAUAUUCCAUUCGGAAGAUUUUCUAUACUAUCAUUAUUGUAUUGGUAGUGAUUUUUUUGUUCGUUUUCUUCUUUCUGUGAACUAAACAGUUUCAUCAAAUCGUAAAUACCUACUUUUCUCUUGCAUCAUUUUUUAAAAAGAAUUUCCUACUUCGGAAAUUAAGUAACACUCUAUUGUGCGC